AUGGAGAGCAGGCGUCGGAGAACCCCCCGACCGGAGGACCAGAUGCGACGACCGCGCGAGAAGCUGGAAAAUCAACAGAAACGCCCUGAACAAUAUCGGCCAUGGCCUAUUCUGGGCUGGGCGUUAGUCGCGUGCGCCUUGAUUGUGUUGGCAUAUCUUCAAGGACCGGGGGAAUUCUCGCUCGACCGUUUAAUCUCGCCCAUUCAACAUCCACAUCGCCCUGGACCUGAACCCGAUAACGCAGCUGCUCUCCGCCCUCGAAUUGAGCUUCACCCAGAGGAGCAUACCUCCCGUCCAGCCGGAACACAGCAUCGGGAUUGGCGCAUCAGUUCGGGGAACCGAAGGCCAGAUGGUGUGUUGAAGCCGGUCUAUCUGAUAAACGGUGAGCGGGACUGUCCUACCCCGGGCCCAACAAUCGAGGCUCGCUCUGGCGAUACUCUGGUCAUUACCGUUACCAAUGAAUUGCAAGAGGAGUCAAUUGCCUUACACUGGCACGGUCUCCAUGUAGCCAAUGCCAUGGAUGGCGCGGCGGGGGUAUCACAGUGUACCAUCCCUCCCGGAGGCCAGUUCGUCUAUAAUGUCACCAUCCCCCCAGACCAAAGCGGCACGUUUUGGUAUCACGCGCACUCGGGAACCUUGAGAGCGGACGGCUUGUAUGGCGGUCUGGUGGUUCAUGCUCCGGCCCCCAAGUCUACUGUUCGGGGGCUGAUUUCCCGUGAACGUGGCCGUGGCGAGUCGAGCUACGAUAAGGAGCUUCUGCUUCUCAUUGGGGAUUGGUAUCAUCGGCGAUCUGGUGACGUUCUUGCUUGGUAUCAGAACCCAGGCAAUAAUGGAAAUGAACCUGUUCCUGACUCCCUCUUGGUCAAUGGAGUGGGCCAUUUUGACUGUUCUAUGGCCGUGCCUGCUCGUCCGCUGGACUGCGUGACCCAAUGGGUCAAUUCAUCGUUCCUGGACCUUGAACCGGGCCCGAAGUACCGGAUCCGCGUUGUCAACACUGGUGCACUGGCUGGGAUAUCCCUCACAUUCGACCAAGAGCAUUUAGACCUCAUACAGCUUGAUAGCACCGACACGGCGCGCUCUGAGCAGAAAGAUGCUAACUCGAUUGGCAUUCUAUACCCCGGCCAACGCAUGGACUUUAUCCUUCACUCGUCACCCAAAGCCUCGAAACAAUCGUCUAUAAUGAUUUCCCUAGACGAAGAAUGCUUCAAAUACAUCAACCCAGCUCUGACACCCGAACAAACCUUCCUAAUAAAUUACCUCCCCUCAUCCUCAUCCCCCGAAUCCGAGGCAAAGGGUAAAAAAUCCGAACCCACCAUCCGCAACACCAUCAACCUCGACGACAUCCCAUCCUCCCCCUCAGUCCUCAAAAACCUCCCUCCAAAGGCCCAGGAGACGCACGUCGUCUACACGAAGAUCCAAAAAAUGGCCCGCAACUCCAAUAUGCCAUUCGGAUAUUUCAACCAUACGUCCUGGCGGACACAGCAAGAUCCCCGCGUGCCGCUGAUCGCUCUGCCACGGAGUCAAUGGGAUGAGAAUCAGUUCUCGAUUACGACUGGAAAGGAGACGCAGUGGGUGGACCUUGUUGUGAAUAAUCUAGAUGAGGGACCACAUCCUUUUCACUUGCACGGCCACCACUUCUACAUCCUAACGAUCCAAGAAGCGACAUUCGGCUGGGGCUCCUACAACCCCUUCGUUGACGACUACCCACCAGGCCUAGAACCCGACGAAACUACAGACAACACACACACAAAUACCUCCCAAGAACAACCCUACGAUCUCACCCGCGCAUCCCUCCGCGACACAGUCCAGAUCCCGAGCCGCGGGUACGCUGUGCUGCGUUUUCGCGCGGAUAACCCGGGCGUGUGGAUGCUGCAUUGCCAUAUUCUGUGGCAUCUUGCGACGGGGAUGGCAAUGCUUAUUGAUGUACAGGGUGACCCGGGGGGAGUUGUGGCUCAUGAUCUUGGGCGUGGGGGUGGGGUUUGUUCUGGUUGA